CAUCCAACCACUUCACCAAUAGCUUCUGCUUCUUCACUCAUUUGUUCCAUCAGCUUCAGCUUCCUCUUCCUCUCUUCCUCUUCCUUUGAUCGAUCGAUCCCGACUCGAGUUCGAGCCCAGUCGAGUAGCAAAGAAGAUGGAGUACCAAGCCGAGUCGAACUGGGGGUACUACAUGCCCGGCGCCAUGAGGGGCAGGGGCGGCCGCAUGGCCGGGAUUGGGGGGACUUCGGACCCGUUGGAGCAGGUGGCGAGGCUGGCGUCGGAGAGUGCGGUGGUGGUGUUCAGCGUGAGCAGUUGCUGCAUGUGCCACGCUGUGAAGCGGCUCUUCUGCGGGAUGGGGGUGAGCCCUGUGGUCCACGAGCUCGACCAGGACCCGAGGGGGGAGGAGAUGGGCCAGGCACUGGCCCGGCUGCUCGGGAACUACGGGAUUGCCCCCUCCGUGCCCGUGGUGUUCAUCGGCGGGAAGCUGAUAGGGGCCAUGGACCGGGUCAUGGCCUCCCACAUCAACGGGACUCUGGUGCCGCUACUCAAGGAAGCCGGUGCACUCUGGCUUUAAAUUCAAGUGCUUCGUCAUACCCAAAAAAAAAAAAAAAAAAAAGA